UAGCGCUGGAAACAAUGCCAAGAUCACACUGUCUCUCUCAAACAUUUUUUAUAGGGUAUGUUUCUUGGUCCCUCUACCAUGACCUGGCACCGAUGAUUUUUUACUUCCCCCUGCAAACACUGGAGCUCACUGGGCUGGAAAUUUUCGGUAUAGCCUUUCUCUCCCCAGCACUCCUAACGAUUACUCCUUUCUGGAAGCUGGUUAACAAGAAAUGGAUGCUGACCUUGCUGCGGACCGUCACUGUCGGCAGCAUAGCCUCCUUCCAGGCCCCCAGUGCCAAGCUCCGGCUGGUGAUCCUGGCCCUUGGUGUGUCCUCCUCGCUGCUCGUGCAAGCUGUGACGUGGUGGUCAGGAAGUGGCUUGCAAAGGUAUCUCAGAAUCUGGGGCUUCAUUUUAGGACAGAUUCUUCUUCUUGUUCUCCGAAUAUGGUACACCUCCCUAAACCCAGUCUGGAGUUAUCAGACGUCCAACAGAGUGAUCCUGACAUUAAGCACCAUAGCCACACUUGAUCGCAUUGGCACAGAUGGCGACUGCAGUGAACCUGAGGGGAAGAAGACUAGCCAGGCAGCCAAGGGCGUGGCCUGUGGACCUAACUGGCCGUUGGCAGGGGCUGCCUUUGGUACCCUUGUGUUCCUCACCCACUGGGUCUUUGGAGAGGUCUCUCUUGUUUCCAGAUGGGCAGUGAGUGGUCAUCCCUACGCAGGGCCAGGUCCUAACCCAUUUGGAGGUGCAGUUCUGCUGAGUUUGACGAGCGGGUUGAUGCUUUCAGCAUGUGCAUGGUUUCGCGGAGCCAGUUUACUCUGGUGGGUCACAGGAGCGGCUUCAGCUGCAGGUCUCCUUUACCUGCGCACGUGGGCAGCCGCUGUCUCCGGGUGUGUGCUGGCCGCCUUCAUCGGGUCCAUGUGGCCUCAAGUGCUGGGACACCUUGUUAGCUCGGGGACGAGGCCUGGGGAGGCCAUGUCUGUGGCCAUGAUAGUGUAUAUUCUAGACGUGUUCUUCUGUGCGUGGUGCACAGCUUUUAAGUUCGUUCCAGGAGGAGUCUACGCGCGCGAGAGAUCUGAUGUGCUGCUGGGGUCCAUAAUGCUGAUUAUUGGGCUCAAUGGGUUAUCUGGCUCGAAGAAAAACCUGGACUUCCUUCUGCAAACAAAAAGCAGUCCUAAAGGGCCUUUCAGAAAGAGUGAUAAAUACAUUAAACUUUUGUUGUGGCUGCUUGUUGGUGUGGGGUUGUUGGGAUUAGGACUACGGCAUAAAGCCUAUGAAAGGAAAUUGGGCAAAGGGGCACCAACCAGAGAGGUCUCUGCUGCCAUCUGGACUUUCAGGUUUGGCUACGACAACGAAGGCUGGUCCAGUCUAGAAAGAUCAGCCCAGCUACUCAAUCAGACAGGUGCAGAUUUUAUAACAGUUUUGGAGAGUGAUGCUUCUAAGCCCUUUAUGGGGAACAACGACUUAACCAUGUGGCUAGGGGAGAAGCUGGGCUUCUAUACAGACUUUGGCCCAAGCACGCGGGAUCACACUUGGGGGAUCAUGGUACUGUCAAGAUAUCCAAUCGUGAAAUCGGAGCAUCACCUCCUUCCGUCACCAGAGGGCGAGAUCGCACCAGCCAUAACCCUGACGGUUAACAUCUCAGACAGACCGGUGGAUUUUGUUGUGACACACUUUGGGAAUCACGAAGAUGAUCUUGACAGAAAACUGCAAGCUAUUGCUGUUUCCAAACUUUUGAAAAAUUCCUCUAAUCAGGUGAUAUUUCUGGGGUACAUCACUUCAGCGCCUGGUUCCAGAGAUUAUCGACAGCUCACUGAACACGGCAAUGUAAAGGAUAUCGACAGCACAGAUCGUGACAGAUGGUGUGAAUACAUCAUGUAUCGGGGGCUGGUCAGGUUGGGUUAUGCAAGAAUUUCCCAUGCUGAACUAAGUGAUUCUGAAAUUCAGAUGGCCAAAUUUAGGAUCCCUGAUGACCCCAUUAAUUACAGAGACAAUCAGAAAGUGGUCAUAGACCAUAGAGAAGUUCCCAGGAAAAUUCAUUUCAAUCCCAGAUUUGGAUCCUACAAAGAAGGACACAAUUAUGAAAACAAUCAUCAUUUUCAUAUGAAUACUCCCAAAUACUUUGUAUGAAUUAUUUAAAAAGAAGUCAUUGACAGAGAAACUCUAAGAAAAAUAUGUAAGAUGAAAAAGAGUUUAAUUAAAUAAAAAAAUACACAUAAAGAACCUCAAUUUUCAAAAGCAUGGUAUCUCUGCAGUGGGAACUUCCAUCAGUUUAAAAAUAUGUUGCUUAAUAAAAGCAUUUAUUCAAA